GCCAGACCCCCAACAUUUGCAGGAAGUUGCGCAAGACAAAUAGCUAGUUACAAUGGCGCCGCUUGAUCUGGAUAAAUAUGCGGAGAUCGCAAAACAGUGCAAAUACCUUCCAGAAAAUGACCUAAAGCGAUUAUGUGACUAUGUGUGUGAUCUUCUGCUGGAGGAGUCUAACGUCCAACCUGUUUCUACUCCAGUAACAGUAUGCGGGGACAUACACGGACAGUUUUAUGAUCUUUGUGAACUCUUUCGAACUGGUGGCCAAGUUCCAGAUACAAAUUACAUAUUUAUGGGAGACUUUGUUGACCGAGGAUACUACAGUUUGGAGACUUUUACCUACUUGCUGGUGCUGAAAGCCAAAUGGCCAGACCGCAUCACACUUCUACGUGGAAAUCACGAGAGCAGACAGAUUACGCAAGUUUAUGGCUUUUAUGAUGAGUGCCAGACCAAAUAUGGAAACGCUAAUGCCUGGCGGUAUUGCACCAAAGUGUUUGAUAUGUUAACAGUGGCAGCUCUAAUGGAUGAACAGAUCCUGUGUGUGCACGGAGGCCUCUCUCCUGACAUUAAAACCUUAGACCAAAUUCGGACCAUUGAGCGGAACCAGGAAAUCCCUCACAAAGGAGCCUUUUGUGAUUUGGUUUGGUCUGACCCUGAAGAUGUAGACACUUGGGCCAUCAGCCCUAGAGGAGCAGGUUGGCUCUUUGGUGCAAAAGUCACAAAUGAGUUUGUCCACAUCAACAAUCUGAAGCUGAUUUGCCGGGCACAUCAACUGGUCCAUGAGGGUUACAAGUUUAUGUUUGAUGAGAAGCUGGUCACGGUGUGGUCGGCUCCCAACUACUGCUAUCGUUGUGGCAACAUAGCCUCCAUUAUGGUCUUCAAAGAUGCUAACACAAGAGAGCCAAAGCUCUUCAGAGCAGUGCCUGAUUCUGAAAGGGUCAUUCCACCUCGGACAACAACACCUUAUUUCCUGUAAGAUGAUGAAAUCCAAAACAUUAUUUGUUGUUGUUGUUUUUUCAGUGCAGACACCAAGGAGAGUGGCAACAGCACUUGUGAGUCUGUAUGACUUUUGUAGUGUAAAUUUAAAGUAUUUACAGUGCCAACUAUUGUUUAUUCCCCCCUGUACAUUUGAAGCCAUGUAUCUGCAGCUUGAAUCUUAAGCCCUUCACCUCAACCUGGAUGUUUGCAAAAAGCUACCAGAACAUUUGAUCAAUAUAGGUCUGUUCUACACAUUUUACACUAUCCAUUCCAUUAAAAAAGAUUUUGGCUUAUGGAUGGAAACUAUGAUCAGUCAAUUGUAUCUCUGUCAAUAUUUAUCGCAGUCCUUCUGUAACCUAAUUCUCAAUGUUUUUAUGCCUCUUGCUCUCUCGAUCCCAUUCUCUAUCUGAAUUGACAAAUAUCAUGAUCUGACUGCUUAAACAGCAGUUUGGACUGUUGAUAUUUCUGCAAUGAGAAAAACAACAAGCAACUAUUGAAAGAUGUACAUUCACAUGAAAUUUAAAUAUUGCUGCAUGAGCUGCUGUUUUAAUAUAAUUGAUUUUGUUUUCCAAUGAAGCAGUGAUACUCUAAAACUGCCUCACAGAUUGGUAACUCCUUUCAGACAUUCAGUUCUCAUUUGGGGCUUAAAUCACAGAUAUUUCACAGCUAAGUAAGAGAAUUUGCUUGCUGAAGUCCACUGACUGUUGUAAAAUGUUCAUAUUUGCAGAUCUCUGUUUUACUUUACAAUAAAAACUUACUGGUCUGAGAACUAA